UAAAGAUCUUUUAACCUGCAGCAACUCCUCCUAAAUUCAAAGGAGGACAAAACACAAGAGUGAGAAUCCAAGGAAGUUUAGCUGGUCUUGAAACAGCGUGACGUUAUCAGCCCCCCACUUCCUCUGUGGUUUGGUGUUCACUGCUGCUGCUGACCUGCCUGUCUAUCUCUGGAAGGAGUAAGAAGAUCAUGGAUGCAGAGGAUUGGCUAAACAGCACCCUUAACCUCUGUGAGCUGAUGGUGGUCUCUGAAACAAGCACUGCUAAUAGCAAGAUGCCUAUGGAGGUUGUUUUUGAUGUCCAGUCAUGUCCUCCACCGACAUACAAUGAGGCAUCCAUUUUGUGGUCUCUUGGGUUGUACACACACACCCUAGAUGGGAUUUUGAAGAGAGCUAUAAGUGCAGAUAAUCAAGGCUCCAUAGACUUCCUCCAGGGAAAAAGCUCAUCAGUCACAGCAGCUGUGCAUAACUUUGCACAGGCCUUGGCUAGUGACAUUAUACAUUCAGCCACACAUCACAAGGUUGGAAAUAUGGAGAGUGAGGAAAUCAUGUCACCCACAUGCUACACUGAGAGAGGCCUUUCCAGUUCCUCACAGUGUUUCUUUGAUCCACAUGCAAAUGUGCUUUGGAGAGAUGGCCAGGAAUGCAAAACUAGCAACUACACAGAUGAGGAAAAGCUAGCCGAGUAUUUAGCAUCCAUGAUUAUCAAAAUGGCUUUAAAGGAGGUGACCAAACAUGGCGGUCUAAGACCCUCUGUUCUGAGCUCAACUCAAGACACAAGUGGAGAACGUAGCACAGAACAGUUUAUGCAUCACACUAUGCAUGACAGCAGACAUCCGUGCGAUGAGAGAAAGCUUUCAGAAUGUGGGCCAACAGAGGAAACAUCCGACGAAGACAUGGACACAUACUGGGACGAGUCAACGUUUGAGACCGCAUCCUCAGGGACACGUGGAUCUGGCACCUCACGCACCAUUGGAAGUUUGUUCUCACAAACUAGCCUAGCCAGUAACCAGUCCCUGGACUACCCAGACGCCCCACCAAGCACCCCGUUAUUCCCCGGUGUGACUCAGAGCAGAGCCAGCUUCUGCAGGAAGUUGAAAGGGGGGCUUGCCAAGGAGUUUCUCCCUUCUCCUCCACCUCCGACCCCCAACAAGAACCCGAACCCCAGCUUCCACUUGCAGACAGGCUACAAGGAGAGGGCUGAAAACACGUCCGAAUUUGUCGAGCGUCUGAUGCGUUCCUUAUCACUCGAGUGCUCGGAGGAUGCGGAUGGUGCAGACGUCAGUGGAGGAUUCCCCAGCAAAAGGCCAUGGACCGACUGGUCUGCAUUGUUUGACUAUGCAGACCAGCUAUCAGCAGACAUCAUCAAAUAUGUCACCACAUCAGAUGACGGAGAUGAUUUCGUAGACAGACUGAUGUGGUCAUUAUCGCCGGAAUACUCGGAAUGCAUUGAGGACACACUGGUCGAGAUCAAAGAAAAUAACGGGGGACCUCUGAACAAGACACAUAAUGUUUCACCACUGAAUGACUUUGCAGAUCAGCUAGCCAACGAUAUCAUUAGACGUGCCACCACGAGCUACUUGUCACUGACAGCUCCAAACCAACAAGGAAAGGCAUUAGAACAGAGCCUUCUUCCCGUUGCAGAGCAUUGGGUUGAAGAGAUACUUGAGGCCUCAUACAGAGAAGUGAGUCAUCAGCAGAGGACAAAGGUGAACACUUUGGCCGGGCCAAAUCCACAGAGUGCGAAAAGCGAGAAGGUGUUCACAUCGUCGGACGUGGGAGUUGAGGCGAGCCCGCCGGGCCACGCUGACAGGCCAACCUCGGCGGUUCACUCCCUGCACAGAACAGGGAGCCAAGACGACCCACACGCGGGACAGCUGAGAGAAUUAGCAGAGGCGCUGCUAGCCACAUCUUUUAUUCAGGCUUUCACUGAGCUGCAGAGCACUGUUUUACAUCCUGGAACUAGUCCAGUUGAUCUGGGCCCUCCAGACUGUACUUCUGGCUCCCAUAGGAGUUCCCUCCAGCCAUCUAAAAGAAUGCAGACCUUCCUUAGCAGUGGAAACUUAGGUCAGGCCACUGGUGCACGCCAAGCUGACGAUGUUGCGGACUGUGCAGUGGAGCGCUACGCUGAACGCUUUGCCCUGGAAGUGAUUGAUGGCUCCUUGAAGCUCGCCUCAAAAUAUCUCCUUGGCGACGGGAAAACAUGUAGGCUAUGGGGUGACGAGAAUGGCUCUUGGCAUUCGGAAGAUGAAACUACACAGAGACACCAUAGCCCAGUGGUCAGGGCAUUGCUUGGGUCUGAGAUGUUUAGAACUACAAAUGAACUGAGGGGGACACUGCUCUGGGCUGCAGCUUCUCAGCUAAGGACCCCUACACUGACACUUGUUGUACCAGACCUUCAACUUCAAACACAGUUCAGCAGUGUGGCACACAACAGCCGUCUCCUCGGCUGGACUGUGGGGGACCUGAUGACGUUGCUCCUGCAACACUGCACGCACCUGUCCCAAGCGACCAGUAGAGGGAGCCCUCUCAGUGACGCUUCACCACUCGCUUACCUACAGGAGCUGAUAGGAGGAAGCAACUGAGGAAAUCCAACAUGACAAUAGGCCUUAUUAUCCACUCUGGCUUCAGCAACCCACUCCUGACACAAGUCAAAUCUGAAAAUAAAUAUAGAGAAAAAAUACAUAUAUUGCAGCAAUGCAAUAAAUUAUUUCAUGCCUAAUUUUUUUGUCUGAUGUUAAAUAAUGGCGUUAGUGGUACGAGAAAAAGAUGGGAUUUAAAUCCCUACAGAGAUGUUUAUGACUGGUACAUUUCAUGGGCUAAUGUAAAAAGCUUAACAGAAAUAAAAUCCAUUAUCGUAAUAAA